AUGUCUAAGCUCACCAAAUAUAUAGAGGUGUAUGGUGAUCCUCUAACCCAUCCUCAACCCGAGACCUACUGGGGUAAUGUGAACCCAUUUGGCCCUCGAUCGUGUUACGACGAAGGGAAGAGAGUCGCAGAAUCCCUCUGCUACGCAUAUCGAGUACAGUAUAAUCUGGAUAUCCGAAUCGCACGUAUAUUCAAUACUCAUGGGCCCCGCAUGAGCAGUCAGGAUGGUCGAGUGAUAUCAAACUUCAUCGCAUCUGCAUUAAGUGGCAAUGCGCUCAAUAUCUAUGGUGAUGGACUGGCGACAAGGUCUUUCCAGCUCAUGAACAGUGGUUAUGACGCUGGUCCAGUGAAUAUUGGAAAUGACAAGGAGUUUACUAUUCGAGAAGCGGCAGAUAUGGUGAUAGAACUGGUGUCGGACAUGACGAACAAGCCUCGAGCUACGGUCGCUUUUCUCCCCAAACCCCUGGAUGACCCUUCCGUUCGAAGACCGCAGGUGUCACUUGCGAAAAGGGAGUUGGGAUGGGAAGCAGUGGUUCCGCUACGCGAUGGACUGCGAAAAACUAUUGAAUGGCAUAUGGACCAACAGGGAUCUGCAAAUUGA